AUGGCAAAUCUAGUUCCUGGGGUGCUUCUGAAGUUAAUGCAGCAUAUGAACACAGACAUAAAAGUUGGUGGUGAACACAGAUCAUCACUUUUACAGGUUGUGAGUAUUGUUCCUGCAUUAGCAGGUGGAGAUUUGUUUACAAAUCAAGGCUUUUAUGUUAAGGUUUCUGAUUCAUCACAUGCUACUUAUGUUUCUCUCCCUGAUGAACAUGAUGAUCUAAUCCUUAGUGACAAGAUUCAAUUAGGACAGUUUGUUUUUGUUGAUCGGUUAGAAGCGGCUUCGCCUGUUCCGAUUCUUCGGGGUGUUAGGCCUGUUCCUGGUAGACAUGCUUGUGUUGGGAGUCCUGAAGAUAUUGUUGCGACUAACUCACUUGGUUUUCUUAGCAAUGGUGGUGAGGUUAAGGUUAAGAAGAAUGGUGUUUGUUCAAAGUCCCCAAUGAAGGUUUUGGAGAAUCAUCAACAACAUUUGGAUAAGAAAUUGAUGGUUUUUGGUAGAUGUAAAUCUCAGACAACAAAAGAUUCUGUUGUUGAUUUUGUGAAGAAGGAAAAGUUAGCAAGAUUGAAGUCAUUGAAUUCAAGGACUACGGUUCCUUCUUCGCCUACUAGUUGCUAUUCUAUGCCGACUACUUUUGAGAAAUUCUCUAAUGGAGUAAAGAAUCAAGCAAGUAUCAAUGGAGUGGAUAGGCUGAUUGCUAAGGUGGGAGUCGUGGAGACGGGAAAGGGUGUUCGUGGCGUUAGUCCUCUUGGGAAGAGAAUUGCGGUUGGAAACUCGAUUAGAAAUUUGGUUCAAGGAAUUGAGCUUGGUGCUAAGGCGCUGCGGAAAAGCUGGGAAGGGAACAUGGAAGUUAAGAGUAAAGAGACAUCCAAAUCAAGGGCUUCUUCUAAGUUUGAUUCUAAGCCUGAUUUUCGUAGCACAACUCCUAGGAAAAGUACAUCAAGUGAAAAGUUUUCUUCUAAAGAUUAUGAGAGUAAGACACAAACACCAACCAAGUCCUCUAAGGUAGAGAACAAAAUGCAAAAACCUAUAAAGAAAGUUAUUGGUGAUGGAACUAUUGAAGAGCAAGAAAAAUCAAGUAAGCAAAGGAACUCUUUUGGAAAGAAAUCAUCAGAAGCCGGAUUUCCUGGAAACUUGGUAAAGGUUUCGAUAAAUAGUAAAAAAGUGACUGAUGCAAGUGUUCAAUGGACUUCACUCCCUUCAUCUAUUGCAAAGCUUGGGAGGGAAGUAAUGAAGCACAGAGAUACAGCACUGAUGGCAGCAACAGAAGCUAUGCAAGAAGCUGCUGCAGCUGAGAGUUUGCUGCAAUGUCUUAGUGUAUAUGCAGAGCUAAGUAAUUCUGCCAAGGAAAUUAACCCUCAGUGUACAAUCGAUCAGUUUUUAACUCUUCACACUAGCCUGAAUAGCGCACGGAUGAUUGCUGAUUCGCUUUCUAAAACCAUUCCAGAAGGUUCAUCUUCAUCUCCAGACAACGAAAUGAUCACGACAGAAGAAGAACUAAAACUCAAAUCAGAUAGACAAAAACUUGCAGCUUCUUGGGUCCAAGCUGCCUUAUCCACCAAUCUAUCAUCCUUUACUGUUUAUAACCGAGAGCCUCGAUCAUCUAAUGUUCAAGCUUCGAGUACAAGUAAUUCUCAAAAUCAGAAGAGUGUUCUCGGAAGUAAACCGGUUUUAGUCCUAGAAAAUUCAAGAGAAGACGGGUCUUCAAAAUCUCAAGGAAAAAGCCGUCCGACAGGAGCUAAUUCCAAACAAGCCUUACCAGGAACGCCGCGCAAACAAAGCGAAGGAUUAGCCAAUGGGAAAAAGCAAAUAGUCCAACCUCUUCCAGAUUGGAGUAGAGGAAAUGGACUUGACGAGGCGGUUAACUUAGCUGACACGCUACAAUUGAAGUCGCGUGAUUGGUUUUUGUUGUUUGUUGAGAAAUUCUUGGACAGUGACAAAGACAUUGGUUUAUCAAACAAUGGUCAGAUAGCAGGUAUGCUAACUCAACUAAAAAGUGUAAACGAUUGGUUGGACGAGAUAGGAUCAAGCAAAAACGAAGGAGAAUCGUGUCAGAUACCGGUAGAGACAAUUGAUAGACUGAGGAAGAAGAUAUAUGAAUAUCUUCUUACACAUGUUGAAUCUGCGGCCGCGGCACUUACUUGCGAUCCACAGUCACAAUCAUCAGAGAUUAAAGGAAAAAAGUGA